AUGUACCGCUUAGCAGCAGCGCGCAUAGUCACUCGUAGGCCACUGGCGGUAGCGCCUAUCACCCUUCGCCGCCCACUUUCCGCUUCUACGCCGUUCAGCGUGAAGAUCAGAACAUCUAAACCUCCUCCCCCUUCGUCAACAAAAUCGCAGCCUUCACCCGCCGAGCGACCUCCGGCUCCGCCCGUAGCAGCUCAAGCUACCCCACCACCCUUUGAGCCGCUGGUAUCAGAAGCGGCAUCCGGGCUGCCACCACACCCUGCCUCCGAGCCUGUCUCGACUCCCAGCGAAACGGCGGAAAUCCCACUCGACCAGGUUCCGCUUGAGCAGCCAAGCCCAUCCGCUGCUGCAGAGGCCGAGCCAGAGCCCACGAUCGCCGACUUCUCCAAGCUUCCCUCACUCGACAUCGAUCCGGAUGUGGCUCUACCAGAACCGAAGAAUGAAGGAGAAGGCGAGGGAGAGAAGCGGGAACGGACAGGAGCGAGCCGGAAGGAGUAUGUGUCUAGUAUGGAGAGGCAGCGGAGGAUGUACCUGCGUGUGCUGCUUGGGGCGGCGCUCAUAGGCGGUGUUGGAGGGGCGUACUACCUUGGAAAGGCGGAUGAGACGGUCGCGGAAGCAGCGGAAGCGGGACUAGGCGGUCAUUGGAAUAGGCUCAAGACGAAUGUAUCGGAAAUGUUCGAUAUUUUCAGCAAGCCUGCCUUCAAGGUGCUGCUGCCCGACCCCCUUCCCCCACCUCACCAGCGCCCAUACACACUUGUCAUUGACCUGGAAGGGCUCUUGGUUUCGUCGUCCUGGGAGCGCUCUACCGGAUGGCGGACAGCGAAGCGCCCCGGUACCGACUACUUCUUGGCAUACCUGAGCCAGUUCUACGAGAUCGUCCUGUUUACAUCCCAGCCCAGCAUCAACGCCGCACCAGUGGCCGAGAAGCUCGACCCCUUCGGCGCCUUCAUCCCCUACAAGCUGUUUCGCGAGUCCACCCGAUCUCACAACGGCAAAGUCGUCAAGGAUCUGUCAUACCUGAACCGAGACCUGAGCAAGGUCGUCAUGAUCGAUACUGUCGCGGAUCAUGGCGCGCUCCAGCCUGAAAACUCAAUCACCAUCCGCCCAUGGCAAGCUGGAAAAGGCGGAGACAGGGGUCUGGUGGACAUGAUCCCAUUCCUAGAAUCGAUUGCUAUGUUCAAUGCCAAGGACGUCCGACCAAUCAUUCAAGCAUACUCUGGUAAAGAUAUCCCUAUCGAAUAUGCGAAGAAGGAGGCGGAGGCGAAGCAGAAGGCGACCGAGGAGUGGGAGAGGCAACACCUGUCUUCGGGUGGAGGGUCGAGCUGGCUGAGCGGGACGUUUGGGAGUGUGGCAUCACCUGGCAAGACAAGACCAAAUCAACCCAUGACGUAUCUCGACAUGAAGCGAGCGGAGGCACAGCAAAACUACCUGGCGGAGCAAAAGUACUGGAAAGACCACGAGGAGGAGUUCAAGAAGUUGGUAGAAGAGGACAAGGCGAAGCAAUUGGCGGAGAUGAAGGGCAGUCUUUUGGGAUACUUUGGCGGUGGAGCACCAAAGAAGGACGCGGGGAAGUAG